AUUAGACACAAAUAUAUAUCUAUAUUUGAGUAUGAACUGAUAAAGAUUGUUCCUGAUAACGAAAUCAAUGUUUGAAAUUUGAAAAGGAACAAAUAUGACGAACAUUUCUUGUAGCGUGGUGAAUUGUGUAAUUUCAACUUCAAAGGAAUUGAAUGAUGGUUAUGAUUUACCUGUAUAUGGACUAGAUAAUGGUUCGUUUUAUAACAUUCACGUGCCAGCACUAGUUUGCAUAUUUUUAAGUUUGAUCAGCGCUGUAUCGGUCAUUAGCUACUCAUUUUACAAUCAACACAUAUCUACCUUUUUUCAGUGGACAAGAUGUGAAAGAUUUGCUGUUUAUAUGGCAAUAUGCGAUGGUCUUUUUAAUAUUUCUCAUUUUGCUGACCAUUUGCAUAUCGUUCUUACAAAGAGUCUACCAACACCAAAAGUGUUGUGUGCUUUCUAUGGAUUUUUGUUGGCGGAGUUUAUAACAGCUCAAAACUUAUUGGUCAGUAACGUUGCAAUUAAUGUUUUUGUAUUGAUUUUUUUUCGGAAAAAAAUUAACUUUGGGUUAAGAGAUUACCGACUUCUUUGUGUGAUUUUCUUACUUCCUGCAUUGGGACUGACAGUGGUUGCUGCUUUAGGACAGCUUGGUCCAAAUGGAAGCUUCUGCUACUUUGAUGGUGUAACUGGACAGAUAGCCAACUUCAUCUUUACAACAAUAUUACUUUGUUUUAUUUUGAUAAGUAAUAUAAUUCUUUACGUCAUGAGCUUGGUACGUAUCUAUAAAGAAACACAAGCAAUUAAAAAAACUCUUGGCAAAUCGUACAAAUCUUUGGAAGCAUCGCAUAGAGCUGCCAAAACCAUGUCGCUGUUCGUUACUGCAUUCCUUGUACAGUGGUGGGCAAUGGCGAUGUAUGGUAUUUGGCAGUGGGUUACGGAUGUCCCUCAACUUUUGUUCAAUUUCGUUACAACUUUUUCAAAUAUUGGUGGCAUACUUAAUGGAAUAGUGUUCAUUAUCAUUGUGAGAAGGAAACGAGUUGAUCUUGACUCUAUUAAAAAGAAGCCGGACAUCAAAGAAUUGGCAAAACAGCAAGCAGUCAUAAUGCAACAAUUAAGUAAUCAAGUGUAA